CCGUCAGCCACUGAGAGGCGCACGGCAUCUGGGCCGGCGCCGUCUAGGGACUCCGUCCGUGGGUGACCCCAGCGUCCCCGGCCCGAGUCCCGGAGCGCCGGGCCAGUUCCAUCCCGUCGGUUCCCGCUCGCGUUCCCUCCCCACGUCCGUCAGGGCCCGCCCCGCAACUCCCCUUUUCCGCUCCCAGGGCAGGGUCCUCGCGGCCCAUGCUGGCCGCUGGAGGCCCGCACCACCCAGACAGUUCCCGUGCCAGCCGGACCGCCACCAUGGGGGCCCUGAGGCCUGUGCAGCUCCUCCAGGGGGGCUAACAGUCCCAGAGCGCAGGCCCCGGGACGCGAGGGUCCCGGGCCUGAGCCCCGCACCAUGGCCGGGGCCAUCGCUUCCCGCAUGAGCUUCAGCUCGCUCAAGAGGAAGCAGCCCAAGACGUUCACCGUGCGGAUCGUCACUAUGGACGCCGAGAUGGAGUUUAAUUGCGAGAUGAAAUGGAAAGGGAAGGACCUAUUUGAUUUGGUGUGCCGGACCCUGGGGCUUCGAGAAACCUGGUUCUUUGGACUGCAGUACACAAUCAAGGACACCGUGGCCUGGCUCAAAAUGGACAAGAAGGUGCUGGAUCAUGAUGUUUCAAAGGAAGAGCCAGUCACCUUUCACUUUCUGGCCAAAUUUUAUCCUGAGAACGCCGAGGAGGAGCUAGUUCAAGAGAUCACACAACAUUUAUUCUUCUUGCAGGUAAAGAAGCAGAUCUUAGAUGAAAAGAUCUACUGCCCUCCGGAGGCUUCUGUGCUCCUGGCUUCUUACGCAGUCCAGGCCAAGUACGGUGACUAUGACCCCUCUGUUCACAAGCGGGGAUUUUUGGCCCAAGAGGAAUUGCUUCCAAAAAGGGUGAUAAAUCUGUAUCAAAUGACUCCAGAAAUGUGGGAAGAGAGAAUCACUGCCUGGUACGCAGAGCACCGAGGCCGAGCCAGGGACGAAGCUGAAAUGGAAUAUUUGAAGAUAGCUCAGGACCUGGAGAUGUACGGCGUGAACUACUUUGCAAUCCGGAAUAAAAAGGGCACAGAGCUGCUGCUUGGAGUGGAUGCUCUGGGACUUCACAUCUAUGACCCUGAGAACAGGCUGACCCCCAAGAUCUCCUUCCCAUGGAAUGAAAUCCGAAACAUCUCAUACAGCGACAAGGAGUUUACUAUUAAACCACUGGAUAAGAAAAUUGAUGUCUUCAAGUUUAAUUCCUCAAAGCUUCGUGUUAAUAAGCUGAUUCUUCAGCUGUGUAUUGGGAACCAUGACCUUUUUAUGAGGAGAAGGAAGGCGGAUUCUUUGGAAGUUCAGCAGAUGAAAGCCCAGGCCAGGGAGGAGAAAGCCAGAAAACAGAUGGAGCGGCAGCGCCUCGCUCGAGAGAAGCAGAUGAGGGAGGAGGCUGAACGCACGAGGGACGAGCUGGAGAGGAGGCUGCUGCAGAUGAAAGAAGAAGCGACCAUGGCCAACGAAGCACUGAUGCGGUCUGAGGAAACGGCUGACCUGCUGGCGGAGAAGGCCCAGAUCACUGAGGAGGAGGCAAAGCUCCUGGCACAGAAAGCUGCAGAGGCUGAACAGGAAAUGCAGCGCAUCAAGGCCACGGCCAUUCGGACAGAGGAAGAGAAGCGCCUGAUGGAGCAGAAGGUGCUGGAGGCCGAGGUGUUGGCGCUGAAGAUGGCUGAGGAGUCAGAGAGGAGGGCCAAAGAGGCUGAUCAACUGAAGCAGGACCUGCAGGAAGCCCGCGAGGCAGAGCGAAGAGCCAAGCAAAAGCUCCUAGAAAUCACCACCAAACCCACAUACCCGCCCAUGAACUCAAUCCCAGCACCAUUGCCUCCUGACAUAUCCAGCUUCAACCUCAUUGCUGACAGCCUGUCUUUCGACUUCAAGGAUACUGACAUGAAGCGACUGUCCAUGGAAAUAGAGAAAGAAAAAGUGGAGUAUAUGGAGAAGAGCAAGCAUCUGCAGGAGCAGCUCAAUGAGCUCAAGACUGAGAUCGAGGCCUUGAAACUUAAAGAGAGGGAGACAGCCUUGGACAUCCUGCACAAUGAGAACUCGGACCGGGGCGGCACCAGCAGCAAGCAUAAUACCAUUAAAAAGCCUCAAGCCCAAGGCAGAAGACCUAUCUGCAUUUGAGCCCUCAAAGUAGGUUAUUCCCAGGUACUCUGUAUGUGGUGAUGGUACUGCCCUCUGUGAUACUAACCCAUGCAUGAGCUUGCCUGUCUCUGUUCCCAGUCCACGCCAACCCCUCCCAAGGGCAGGUGGCACCUGGGUACUGGCCGCAGCAUGCUUUGAGUAUGAGAGCAGGUGUCUACCCUGUGGGGCCAGACCAGCCUCCAGGGGUCCAGAAGGCUGCCUCAUUCUGAAGAGCAUGUCAGUGGGGCUGUAGGACUGGUUGUCCUUCACAUCUUGUGUCACUGUUGGUCUGGAGAAGGUCACUGCUUCUUGUCAGGUCUGUCUAAGUCUUUUGUCUUGGUGGCGUACUUCUUAGACAAUAACCCUAGCAUGGAGAUGGGGCAAAUUCGGGUGUUUUUAAGACUGAUGUCUGUAACUAAAGAUCAAGAUCUUUCAUGUGGUAACAGCCUUUGAAGACCCAUGAUCUCACCUGACAACAGCUGGUUGUGGAACGAAAGGGCUGCCCGUGCUCACUCAUUUCCUUCAGAGCCUCCCCUUUCUGGACAACAUUCACUUUCUUGUCAAGUAAAGCAAACAGCACAGGGAUCUGAUGUGUAGUCCGUCUCAGUGGACCGUCUGUCUGUCAGCACUCUAAAGGCCGUCUGUCUCUGUGAUUGCAGGGAACUCCCAGCGGGACGGUGCUGUCGUGGGCACCCAUGGCUGGACAGUCGGUGGUUGUUGAGGGAAUUAACCGAAUGAUUGCUGCUUUCCUUCUGCAGCGGUUGUAUUCUCCCAACAUACCUCAGCAGUGGAGAGAAUUUAUUAUGCCCGAUAAUGAAAUAACAUCCUGCCGCU